AUGAUUUGUACAUGUACUUCAGGCGAGUGUCUGGAUCAGGGCAUCUGCGCCUGUUACCCGGGCUUCAAGGGCGCGGAUUGCAGCGUAGACUGCGGCUGCGGAAGCCACGGCCGCUGCGCUGAAAACGGCACCUCGUGCAUCUGCGACGUGGGGUGGAGACUGGGGGCCAGCGGCAAGUGCGAGUGGGAUUGCGGAGGCUGUCCUGCCGGUACAUCCUGCAUAGGACCCGGCGAAUGCGGCUAUACGGAACAGUGCGUGUACGGCACCUGCUUUCAUGGCGCCUGCCGCUGCUGGGCGGGGUACGGCGGCCCCGCCUGCAACCUUACUGAGGUGGCUGCGGCGGCUGCCGGCUAUGACUAUGUGCCGCGACUGAACAGUCGGUCACUGGCGGGCGCAAACCUACCUGGGACGUCGUACUACAGUACGGAAUGGAUGUGGAUUGACUUGAUGAAGAGCAGCAGCAUCUGGAUGACCGCGAAUGCAGAUGACACGUCCUUAGAGAAUAAGUGGGACACGGGGGUUCCCCUGGAGCUCAGGCCCGACGGCUACCCGGCCCGCCUGCCGCCCGGCACCGUCGCACACAAACUGUUUCAGCGAAACAUGCUCCUGCAUGCCUGGCCUGGACGCUACGUCGUACUGUACGACGGCGACGGCCGACUGGACUUUAAAUUUGAUGCCCGCGUCACGAGCAGGGCCAAGGGGCGUGUUGAGUUCAUCUUCAAUCCCACAGCCAACCUGGAUUGCGCCGCCACGGGCGCCGCUUACUGCGGUGACAAUGGCAUUCACCUGGUCCUCACCGCCACCAACCCCGCCAACCCGUUGAGGAACAUCCGCAUCUUGCCUUCGGGUGAGGGCGCGGCCGCGACUGCGGGUGGUGCCGGAGCGGGAGGCGCGUGGGAGAGCCGCGCGGAGCGGGCGCCCUUCCACCCCUGGUUCCUAAAGAGCAUUGCGCGUUACCGUGUGCUUCGCUUCAUGGGUUGGCUGGACAUCAACAAUGAUGUGGCCUGGGCGGCUGUGGCAAGUUCUGGGGGCAUUGCACUCGAGUACCUGGUUCGACUGUGUAACCUGCUGGGGACCGACCCGUGGGUCAAUGUGCACCACCUGGCGGAUGACGACUACGUCACCUCUUUGGCCACGAUGCUGCGGGACUCGUUGCGGCCGGAUGUGAAAGUCUACGUCGAGCACUCGAACGAGGUUUGGAACCAGCUGUUCCCUCAAGGCAAAUUUGCCCGCGCCCGUGGCCUGGCACUCAACCUCUCCACGGACGCCACAACUGCCGGCUACCGCUACCACGCGCUGCGUACCGCCCAGAUUGCCACCAUUUUCCGGAACGUGUUUUCCUCGGCGGAGGGCGGUGGUGCGGCAGGAGCUAGCCGCGUCAAGGUGGUGAUGGGCGGCUGGGGCUAUCUGUGCGGAGUCAAUGGCUCCGGAUGUGGCACAGUGGUGUUGAAUCAGACACUGGGCUGGUUGGCGGGCCUCGCUCAGAAGGUCAACGAAAGCACCGUGCUGCAGGAACAGCUCAAGGUCAACAUCUCCCUGGCAAAGCCCGACUUCUAUGGAAUCACAGCUUACUGGGACUGCGGCCUGGGGCAGAACGGGGCCGUGGAUGUCACCCUCACCGUCGAGCAAAUGAUCGCCAAAUGCAACACAACUCUGAACGCAAGCGAUGCCGCGGCUAAGGCGCUUGUCGCCGCGGCGGCGCCGUACGGCAUACCAUUGAUCACGUACGAGGCCGGCCCGUCGAUUGUCGAAGCAUCCGCCAUCGAAAGCGGCCGCAUGACAACCGGCUUGGCGCCCAAAUACGCGGCCGUAAACCGCCAUCCGGCAAUGUACGGCCUGUACAAGGCCUACCUUGACACAUUUGUUCGUGCAGGACUGGUGGCCGAGGGCCGUCCGUUUAUGCAGUUUGUCACAACGGGUACCUUUACGCAGUACGGCAGCUGGGGGCUGCAGGAGUACACGGGUCAACCGGUAUUAGAGGCGCCCAAGUACCGGGCACUGAUGGACUGGCUGGACAUGCAGCCGACCAACAGCUCCCAGGUCAACAUCUCCCAGGUCAACAUCUCCGCCUCCAGCACCUUGCGGCGGCCGUUGUGCAUGUCGCUGCCGGCGCUGGGGGUGUCUGGCAGUGGGGGUGGCGGCGGGAUGGGGCUGGGCGAGGGGCUGCUGGCAGGGCCGCCCGCGGUGUACUGGCCCGCAGCGGGGGGGGUGGCGGUGCUGGGCACCACGGAGCGCAUCCGCUGGUCCACUGUGGGCUGGGCUGCCGGGGUCGUUCCAGCUGCCUUUGAAAUCACUCUAUGGUACGAAUCCGACUGCGAGGUCUUUUCCCCCACCAAUAGCACCACCCAGCUCGCCGUGCAGCGGAAGAACAGCUCCCAGGCGGUGGCGGUCCUGCCUCGGCCCACCGUCCCUGGAGCACUGGACGUGCAAGUCCCCCGACCGGCGGAGGACCCGAAGGUAUGGUACUGGGUGACAGUUGCAAUGGCGGCGAAUGAGCGGGCGGGACGUCGCGUGCCGCGGUUUUUCCUACGCUUCAGCGACGGCUUAACUACCAACUACUCGGAGCCCUUUGAUAUGACGCCUGGCGUGCAGUACGUUGUUGGCAACUGGAGCGAGUGCGAAUGCAGCAUCGCCGCCGGGUCUGUCAGCACGCAGCGCCGCAACGUCUCCUGUGGCGCCCUCCCUGGACUCGAGGCCGUGGUGGAUAGCAUGCUGCUAGCCUCUGCCGCAGCUAAUGCUACAGCAGCAGCAGCAGCAGCAACCCGACCCGCUCCCCCCGCUCCGCAGCCUUUCUGUGACGCCUUUCCCAACUGGAACCUCAGCCGUUCAACCAUCGACCCCUCUUGCACUAUCGACGCAAUCACCGGCUGUCGUACUUACCGUACAAACAACACCGGCGGCUGGGCGUAUUCGAUGUUCAAGCCCGUCACGGACUGUACGGCUCAGGCUAGCCCCUGGCCUCUGCCGCCGCCUGCGGCCGUCGGCGGCUUUGGCGGCAGCGGCAACAAUACGACGGCGCUGGCGCAAACUAAUGCGUCCAUGCUAUCGCCGCCGGGCCAAACUCUUACCACCAAAACUUACAACCUGAGCUUAUGCGCGGCGUUGCUGGCGGCAGUGCCCCCAGCCGCUAACCGUUCCUGCAACUGCACCUCUGCUUCAUCGUCACCGCGUCCAUCACCAACGGCCUCGCCAAGCGGAGCGCCGCCGUCGCCUUCGCCUCCGCCUCCGCCGCCAGCAGUGCCGUACUGCAGUCGUGCAAGUACGAAUGCGUCUCUGACGCUGCUCAAUGCCGGCGCCGCGACGUGCUCCAUCUCCUCCUCGGACGCGGACCAGUGUGGGAGUGAUAGCGUUUGUACGGCAGUGCCGGGUUGCAAGCGUUACGUGUGCGACACAGUGGUGCAGGCACUGGUGCAGGUGGCUUGUACGGCGCUGUGUCAGCCGCGCACGCUGGGGGUCACCGGAGCACAGAUUUCAGAUGAUGGGCGUGCCGUGGUGGUGCGGCUUACUGCCGUACCUGCGCCGCUGACGCUGGUGCCCUGUACGGCGGUGUUUGAGGCGGCCUCGGGUGCGCUGCUGGGCGGCGGCGGGGCGCUGUGCAGCACCGGCACGGCGGGGUCAGCCUCCUCUGAAGACAAUGUCUUGGUCGUCAAGCUGGCGGCGAACGCGACUCUCCUGGCGGGCCAAACCCUGACCCUCCUGACCCGUGGGUCGGUGCUGGUGGGCGCCAUUAACACAUCCCGUGUGUUCACAGGCAGCGCUCAGCUCUCCGGGCCCCUCACUCUGUCCCGAACCGCCUGCGAGAGCGCCACGGGCUCCCUGCUGCCGACCUCGGUGCUCCGAUCCGCCUCCACCUGGGACGCCUCCAACUCGGGGGACCCCUCGGGACGAGCCAACUGGGCGGGGGUGACGUGGACCCUCGUGUCGCCGUACGUGGCGCCGGGGGCUGGUACGGCAACUCGUGCUGUGGCGGCGUUGAUGGGGGCGGUGGAGCGGGCGAACGGAAAGGGGAAGAUGAGCGACCGGCUCACUCUGACCCUCACCUCCACGGAAGUGGAGGCUCUGGAGGAAGGCAUCACGUACAGCAUCAUGGUGACGGUAACCUCCUGGCUGGGGACCUCCGCCUCCGCCAACGCCUCCUUCUCCGUAGUGGCCAGCAGCCCCACACCCCUGGUCGCCAUCGCGGGGCCGGCGCUGCAAACCGCGCGCAUCAGCUCCGGGCUGAGGUUAUCUGCGGACGUGGUUGGCGGCGGCUGCAAGGGCCGCAGCCUGUCCUGGAACUGGACGUGCCCGAGCGGCUGUCCGGCGGGGCUGUCGCUGCCCGACUCGGGCAGGUCGGGCCAGCAGCUGGUAUUGCCGAGGCCGCUUGGUUUGACACACGGACAGAACGUCAGUCUGAGAGUUACGGCAUCGUACGGCGGAGGCGCCUCCGGGUCAGCCGACGUUGUCGUGGUGGCGGCGGGCUCCCCCCCCCUGGCCGUCCUGAAGGGCCCUGCGGGUGACGUACUGGACAACACCACACUGGUGCUCAACGCCACAUCCUCCUCCGACCCGGACGUACCCAGCAGCAAAUCCACUGAGACAUUGCAGCGUUCGGACCACCCCACGCCCUGCUUCACCUCCACCGAGCAGGGCGACCAGCUCACCCAGCCCGGCGUGUGGUCCAUACCCCCCGGACUGCUCUCCACCGACAUCUGGCACACCAUCACCGUGACGGUGUACAAGCAGGUGCAGAGCGGGGCCUCGCCGCUCAAUGCGACCGCCUCAGUGACCUUGCGGCCGAGGGCGGCGGGCAGCGGAAGUGCCUUCCCGCGGGGCAGUUUGACGCGGCAGUGCGCGGCGGCGGCGUGUGCGGCCCCGCACAGCACCGACCGGAAUCUCACGGUGCUGCUGCAGCUCGCCUCUCCGUACGACACCACUGCCGCCGCCGCCGCCAUAACGGUCGCCUGGGACAGUCCGGAGGCCGCCGCCGUGUCCGAACUCACCGCCGUCACGUCGUCCGCCGCCGACAGCAGCGGCGGCGGCGGCGGCGGCGGCGGCCUCCCCGCCGGCGCGUUCCUACUCACCAUACCAGCGGCGUUGCUGCCCGCUGCGCGGAGCAGCAUCACCAUCACGGCCAACAUAACGCUCGCCGCCACUGGCGCCACCGGCACCGCGGCCGUGACGGUGCCGCUCAACAGCGCACCGUACUGCACAUCCUCUUCAAGUGAUCCCGGCCAGUGCUUGUCCCUCACCGUCCUUAAUGACACGUUUCCAACGGCGGCGUUUACCAUCCGCGCCAGCGGCUGGGCUGACGUCGGACAGGUCGACGGCAGCAGCCAGCAGCUCAAGUACGAGUUCGGUGUACGGCGGCCUGUCGUACUCGGCGGCGGCAGCGGCAUCACGGUCAAUCUUGUGCAGCAGCUGGGUACGGCAACGUCCGCGACGCUGGUGGGUCUGCCACAAGGCGCCGUACAGCUGUACGGCUGUGCUAUUGACGUGGACGGCUCCCGUACAUGCGGACUGGUAAAUGUGACGGUGUCUCCCCCGGGCGACGGCUUCAACGCGACGGCGGCUUUGGCUUCUGUCAACGUCACAGACUUGCUACAAACAGACAUACAGACAGCCGCGAUGACGAGGCUCACGCAGCUACUGCAAUCUGGGGACCGAAUGGGAAACGCAUUGGGCCUUCAGGCCGUACCGCGUGAGUCGUACCUGGCGGCGGGCGAUAAUGGAGUCUACGUGUCGGCGGCGGCGCUCCCGACGACGGCAGCCACCACCAGCACCGGCGCAGCGGCGGUGAUUUCCGUACAGCUUCGUGCGGGACCCGACGCCGUGGCCGCGUCCGCCUCGGCGACUGGCAGCGGCGGCGCCGCCAGCGGCAGCAGCCGCCGGCGCCGGGUGCUUUCUGCGACGGCGGCGGCCGCAGACGGCGGUAUUGUUGAUGUCGUACAGGAAGAUGGCGAGAUUCUCUUAUCCGUGGAAACCGCUGACGCUGACGUCAUCUCUGGAUCCUCCCGUACGGCAGACGGCCACCAUUACCACGACUACCACAACAGCCGCUGGCGGCGACGGCUGUUCUCCACCGCCAAUGACACCAAUGUGGAGGCGCAAAUGGUCCUGUCGGGUUCCGCCGCGGCGGCGGCGGCGGGUUACGGCAUCGACCUGCAGUACGCGCCGUCUUCGGAGGCGACGCUCGUCACCGCGUUAUCGUCCAGUCUGCCCGCCUACAUCUCCAUUCUCAGCGGCCUGGUGACGGUGACCUGGAACGAAGGCGCCGCCGCCGCCGCCGCCACGUCGUCGCCGCCCUCCCUGGACGGCACAACGAGCUACCUGACCCUCGCCAUCCCGGCACCGGCCUACAACCCCCCCAACCCCAUGGCCUGCCUGUCGUACGACGUCACUACGAACGGCGUGAGCGGCAGCCUUGGGGGACUGCUCUCUGCUGGCAACGUCACCGCCAGCGCUGCGGUGUACGACAGCUCAACUGGCCGACUGUCGUGCAACGUCACCGCGGUGGGCACGUACUUUGUCGCUCAGGCGGCGGCGGAGGUGACGGUGAUGCUUGUGAAUCCGGAAGCCGUCGCCUCCGUCCCUGCCGCGAAAGGCAACGGCGGCGGGGGGCGCAAUGUGGGGGUGUUGGUGGGUGGCGUCAUUGGCGGCGUGGUGGGGCUGGUGCUGGUGGCGGCGGCGGUCGUGGCGGUGGCGCUGGCGGUGGCUCGAAAGCGGAAGCGUGCCAGGGUUGCAGCCGGCGGUGCCGCCGCCGCCAGCAAUGGCUCGCCUGUCCGUACCGCGUCCCGGUCCAACAGCGGCAGCAAGUCAGCGGCAGUACCGGAGGUGGCGGAUACGGCGGCGACGGCGGCGGACGUGGCUCCUUCCCAGCGCCAGGCUGUCGCGGAGGGCUGGCUGGUGGAGGAGCAGCGGCCGCGGCAGCGGCGGGUAUCGGCUGGUUUCGGUGCAUUGAGCAGCAGUAGCGACAGCAGUCGCCGGGUGGUUCCUAGCGACGGAAGCGGCGGCGGCGGCGGCGGCGGCUGGGGCAAUGACGGCGGCUGUACGGCGGGAAGGUCGCUAGGGAACGCGAGCACACGCGCGAACGCGGUCCUGUCCCGGCAGGAGAGCGCUCAGGGCGCUGCCAACAACGGACUUGCUUCAGGGCUGAAAACGGUGUAUCGGCGGUUGAGCGAGUUCGUUAUUUUAAGGGUCAGCGGUUUUGUUAUUUGA